GCUCCGCUCCGACCCAUGGCUCCGGGCCGGGCGCUGCUGCCCGCGGCGCUGCUGGCGCUGGCGCUGAGCCCGGCACCCGCGGGAGCGCUGCUGUGCCUCGCUCACUGCCCGGCGGGUACGUACGUCCAGAGCGCGGACUGCGGACGGGGAGCGGGCGCGUCCUGCCGGCCCUGCCCGCCCAACACCUUCUCCAGCGCGGCGGCUCUCGGCGGCUGCAGAAUGUGUCGGCAGUGCCAAGGACGAUUUCAGUAUUUAAAAAAUUGUACCUUAACAAGCGAUGCUGAAUGCACGUGCAAGGAGGGCUAUAGCUGCGUCGGUGACGGCUGCAGCUUCUGCGCCCGGAGCUGCGGAGUGGGCAAGGAGAGCACCAGGAACGGUUGCCAGGCUUGCCGCUACGGAACUUUUAAUGAUCAGCCCAAUGGCUCCUGUAAAAACUGGACAAUGUGCGCUGGAAACCAAGUCCUGGAGCCUGGAACUGCAGCAAAAGAUGUCGUUUGCAAACAUGCCUCAGUUAAUGACACUUUAGUCACUACUCUACCUACCACAUCUCUUGAAAUUCCAUUUUCUGUCACUGUACCAGGGAAGGAUGUUCAGACAGACACGAUCAGGAUUUCUGUUGCUGUGGCUGGGCUGUCAUGCAUAAUGUUUCUGCUGCCUUUGUGCAUCUGCUUCAGUAUCUGGCAUAAAAAGAAACUACAAACUGUCUUCAAGAAAAUGCACACACCUGAACAGUCAAUUCAGGAAGAUGAUGCCUGCAGCUGCCACUUCCCUGAGGAAGAACAAGGUGAAUAUCAGGACCGCAAAUCCACAGAAUUCAGAGAUCUUCUGGUGAACUAGAAUUUGAGUUUUCUUUUGGAGCAUAGAACAAGAACCUGUUUAUGUAAAUAGAGUGGGUAUCAGCAUUUGAAUAUUAGAGUGGUAAAAAGCUCAGCCACUGAGGAAAAAGAGGAAAAAAGUGCUUUUUUUAUAUUUCUUAAUAAAAUAAUUAAAAAUCCCUCUAAAA